AAUAGGCAAUGGGGCAUUUCGGUAAUGUGAUCCAAAUUGUAGUGUAAUUUUAAAACAAUAAAUCUCUGCAGCCUAACUGGCUGAAAUUAAACGUUACAACAACGGUCGCAUUUAACCGAUAACAAAAAGCGCACUGCUAGCUAAUUAUGCCAGCCCGUAGCAGUGCGAUUAGUGGAAUUCCUAACAGUAGGGUUAAGUACUCCAAGCUAUCGGCCAGCGAUGACGGCUACAUCGACCUACAGUUUAAGAAGAGUCCACCCAAAGUCCCAUAUAAGGCCAUUGCUCUGGCUACAGUCCUCUUCCUUAUUGGCUCCUUGCUCAUUGUGAUUGGAGCCCUUCUGCUAGCAGGAUACAUUGAAGUCACACAUGCAGAUCGGACUGUCCCUGUCCUUAUCAUCGGAAUCCUUGUUUUCCUCCCUGGGUUCUAUCACCUGCGGAUCGCCUACUAUGCAUCUAAGGGUUACCGUGGCUACUCCUAUGAUGACAUCCCAGACUUUGAUGACUGAGCCAAUCACAAGCCAGCUGAUUGAUACCCCAGUCGAUUACGAAGUCGCCUGACAGUUGCAUGGAAUGCCCUCAGGUUUUUUUUCCCUUAAGGUUUAUGUUAGUUUUUUGAGUUGAAGGAUGUUAUCCAAAGCAGCGUCACGCUUUGAGGCAUUUUCUUGUAUGUAGCAGAAUUUAGUAUUUUUGACAAACGCAACCAUUCUGUUGCUCACAAAAUUCCACCCCAUGAAACAAAAACUCUUAAAGUAAUUACGUGCUUUCUAUGGAUACAGGUUCAUAAGCAAAUUAUUGUGGUGUUUUUUUGUUUCAGCAUUGUUGCUUGAGAGAGUUAACAGCACCUCUCCAUUGACCUUUAAUCAAAAUUGACACAAUGACAGAAAAACUUUUAAAAUGUUUAAUAAAAAAAAGUUGAAUUUCAGUGUAGGCUGUAGACCUUGUUUUAACAGCUGAAUAAUGGAACGUAUUUUAUAUUGUGAAGAGGUUUGGUGAAAGGAGAGUAUUAGUCCCAUCAUUUUUUAUUUUAGAGAUUGAAUCAGGAAAACCAGGUCAUAAGGGCAUGACCAGGGCAUGUAUCCAUUUUGCAACCCCAAGAGGAUCUCCUUCUGUGAGGCAUUUACCUGGUGGAUUUGUGUAGAAACCUCAUUUGAUGGGUAACACCGGACACCAUCUGCUGUUUUUUUUUUUUUUCUUGAAAUGUUGCUGCUGUGUCUAAGACGGUUUUCUUAGGAGUAUCUUAUGUGAUUAAUUGCAAUCCUCCAAUCUCCAUAUGGAGCACACUUUGCCCCCCCAGCCCCCC